CUUUUCUCUCUCUCUCUCUUUUUAUAUAUAUCACUUGAACUAUGCCUAACGCAAGAAAAAAGAAAGCUGCUAAAAACGAAGACUUUAAAAAAACCAAAUUAAAAGUAGGCAAAAAGAAAGCUAUACCCGAUAAUUUCACAGACACUUCAUUUAAAUCAAAAAGCAUUGUACUUCCUAAUCAAAGUAUCACUGAAGAUAAAUCACAUGAAAUCACAACCAGUCGAAACUUGACACUUGCAGACCUUGUUGUUCAACUUAAGCAUUAUAAUGCAGGUGUCAAAAAAGAGGCAUUACAAGGCUUGACUGAUCUUUGCUCAAGUCAUCCUCGAUUAUUAGUCUCUUCUUUAGGUCUUGUUGUCAAUGGUGUCUUGAAGUUAUUUGUAGACAAUGACCGUGAAGUAAGAAAGGCAACACUCAACUUUUUAAAAGCAACAUUUGUGGAUCUGGAUUCUGUUGAAUUACAACCCUUUAUGUCAUUACUUGUCAUUUAUACCUGUUCAGCCAUGACACAUAUCUUUGAAGAUGUACGCUUGGAUGCUGUUAAAUUGAUGGAUUUAUGGUUACAGAUCUCACCUUCUAUCAUUGUCACCAAAUUCUGGUCUCGCAUCACGGGUAAUUACAUGAGUUUAUUGACAGUGGAUGGGAAUGCUAUUCAGAACACAGCAACAGAAUCAACAACAACAACAGGGACAGCCACGACUGCUUCUAUUAAAGCAGCUGCUACUAAAUCUCAUUUACAUAUCCACAAGAACAAAUUGAGUUUGUUGAGUAGUUUAAGCAAGUUUUUAGAAGCUGGAUUAUCCAAAGACCACCAUGAUCCUUAUUGGUUCUUAUUGAACUAUCUUGAUAACAAGCAUGCUAAACAAGGCUUUCAAAACAAAAUGAGACAGUACACAACUGCCAAUGAUACCAUGGUGCAGUGGGAUCCCAAGAAACACAAUGCUUAUAUGCCGACACAUGCCAUGGUACAUGCUGUCUUGCCUUCAUCAGCUACAUUUUCACAUUUGCAUCUGUUUGAUACAUCAGGUCCUAAAUCGAAUGGACAACCCAACACAUUAGAAACACAGGCUGAAUUCAGUCUGGAAGAAAGACUGGGUCAUAUCAAGGAACUUAUCGAGACAUUUCAACCUCGUUUGGUAGCUGCUUGGUUAGAAGCAGCACCUUCUGUGUUUAUGUCUACCAGUUCUAUUGCUAUCACACCUGCACUUGAACUGUUGCAUGAAAUACUUACCUUGUCACUUGUGUUAUGGCGAGCCAUGGUUGGAUCCGAUAUUAUUCGCCUUGUGUCUCAAGAUUGGCUGAACAUGUAUUUACAGCAACUCUUGAAGCAUUUGACAGUCUAUUUCCCUUAUGGCGCUGAUGCUCUAGGUAACCGUGGAUCCAAAGUGGACGAUAAGCUACAGGAAAUGAACAUCAUGUUGUGCGAAUUGACUUCGUUGUUCCUGUUGGCUCGUACUAUUCUACAACCAUCUGUGACUGAGGAACCUAGACAGAAGCGUCGUAAAUUAGAGAGCGAGGAUCAAGUACCUUCAUGGGCAGAAACAGUAGUUCAGUAUGUGUUGGGUGUAUUAGGCUACCAUGAAGAUCAAGAUGGCAUGACGAGUGCAAGCAGUAGUUUCCGUACAGAUCACCUUGUGUCUUUAUUGCCUGCCAUUUGGGGCUUUUUGAAUUGUUUGACGAAUGAAGAGAGUGUGACGCUAUUUAAGGCGACUGUUCAAUACUAUCAUACAUGUCAACCCAAUGCUGCAUCAAGAAAAGUCUUGUUGGAUUUCAUCACAAGAGCCUACAUGGUUCAAUCAACACCUAGUUAUCAUGGACAAUUCAUGAUCACAAAAGAUUCUGAAUUAGCUCGUCUCCUAAAAGAAUGGCUGCUUGGUCUGCCUAAAAUGUUGUGGCAAUUAAGAGCAAAUCAUAUAGAAACCAGUCGAGCCAUUCUAAAUGUGAUGUGUGAUAUCGCAAAGCGUGCUGACAAAGAUGUGUUUGAUUUCGAUACACUCAGACAAGUGGAAACAACCCUGGUACCUUUCUUUUUUGUUCAGUUAGCUAAAGGACCCUUAUUUGGCCCUUUUAGAGAUUUGCCAGCUGAUGUUCAACAGCGAGCACUUGAUUAUGUAAAUUAUCUGGGUAGUCCAUCAGAGAAGAUGUCACUGGCUAUUCAACAAUGUAAAAAAUAAAAUCUUUAUUGUUCAAGUUCUGCUUGUGUCUUUGUCUUGAGUGUCAAGGCAUGUAAACCCUUGUUUUGGAGUUCAUCGUUAAGUAGGUUGUAAAUCAAGCGAUGGCGUUGCAUCAAAGACUAUGUUUA